GCAAAAGUUUCAUUUUAAACACAGCUGAAUUAAAGAAUUUUAAAAAGUUGGUUAGGUUUUUUCGGUGAGAAUUUCUUAGUUAACAAAUUGUGCUGUUUCAACUUCUCGCUAUGUGGACUUACAUGGUGAGGGUGAAGUGGGCCUCCCCCUUCCUCUUGAUGUUAUGGUGUCAGCUACACAGUGGAAGCUCUGCUUUUACAGAUUGCGGCGGCAAAUUGACUGACCAGGCUGGAGCAAUCAUGUCUCCCAACUUCCCAGAGUCAUAUCCUGACAAUACCAUCUGCGGAUGGACCGUCACCGUUUCUGUGUCACAAGUUAUCGAUUUCAGGUUUAAAAGGCUUGAUCUUGAACGGUAUUACGACCAAUACUGUAUCGAUUACGUCAAUUUGUACGACGGUCCAGACUCUGGAUCCACCUUGAUUGGCACGUACUGUGGGUACCAAAAUGACGCGAGCACCGCCAACAUUAUUGUGAGGACCACCGGCUACCAGUUGUAUAUCGAGAUGAGAUCCGAUUCAUCGGGGUCAAGGCCAGGGUUUAGCGCCUCGUAUUGGGCUCAGACAUGCCCAGAAUUUUUCUACGGACUUGAUUACUGCCAGACACCCUGCGUGUGUGACCAAGAAAACACAGAAUACUGCAACAACCAAAACGGCAGCUGCAACUGCAAACCGGGAUGGUUAGGCCGGGACUGUUCAGUGGACAUCAACGAGUGUGAGGACCCAAACAUAUGUGUAGAUGUCUACUCUGUGUGCAGCAACACCAAGGCUGGCUACGAUUGUUUGUGUAAACCUGGGCUACAGAAAAACAUCACAACCGGAGCUUGUUACGAUGUAAAAGAAUGCAAGACAAAAACGUGUUCCCAUGCCUGCGGCGUGACAUCAACAGAUCCAUGGACGGAAGUUUGUUACUGUCCUAGAGGCAUGAGGUUAAGUGCUACAGAUGACAAGACUUGCCAAGAAUGCGACGAUUGGACCUUUGGAGACAACUGUGAACAUAGCUGUAGUUGUGUCCCUGAUCACACUAAGUCCUGUAACAAAGUGACGGGACUGUGUAACUGUAAACUGGAGUGGUUUGCAAAAAACUGUGAACAAGAUGUUGAUGAGUGUAUUCUACAGAAACCACCUUGUACAGUAGGACACGACAACGCUGUGUGUUACAAUACCGAGGGAUCUUUCGACUGUAGAUGUAUAAAAAACUUCGAGUCUUUCAACAAGACAUUUUGCGAUGAAUGUGGUAAAACUUUGCAGAUGUCUACCGGGAUAAUAGAAUCUGACAAUUAUGUUCAAGAAUAUUUCAAUGUGCAGACACAAAUAUGUAACUGGACAUUACAAGCCGCUCCUGGGCAGCUUGUCACUUUACAAUUGCGCUUUAAAUAUCAGUGGGUUUACCACUCUCUUUAUGUUUACGAUGGAGUCAACUCGAGUUCAAAUCUUUUAGCAGCGUUUUAUGAUCAGUAUUAUGAUGCUAAUUCUAACAUUCAACUUAUUCGAUCUUCGGGAAAUAAAAUGUUUAUAACUAGAAACGCUGUACAGUACACAACUUAUUCUACUGGUUUUACUGCUUCUUACUGGAUGCAUGAGUGUCCCGAAUUUUUCCAUGAUGCCAAUUGCUCAACACCUUGCCCUUGUGUGAUUCCAAACUCACAAAAAUGCAUGAGCCUCACUGGUGAGUGUGUCUGCAAGCCGACCUGGAAAUCGUCUGACUGCUCGGUUGAUGUGGAUGAAUGUCAGGAGACACCAUGGGUUUGUCCUGACUACACAGACUGCAAUAAUCUAAUUGGCGGCUACGAAUGUUUGUGCAAAGAAGGAAUGGUCAAGUCACCUGACAAUGCGUCAUGCGUUAUAAGUCCUGGUGCUGAAUGUCCAACGUCUGCUGAGAGAAAUUGCUCCCACGUAUGUGUUAGCAUAACACCACAAGGUCAAAGUUCACCUGUAGAGAUGUGCUAUUGUCCAAUGGGAAUGAAGCUACAAGGGGAUCAAUGUUUUGAUUGCACAAACUUAACUUAUGGACCGGACUGCAGGUUAGAUUGUCCUUGUGUCCAUAGCAACAUUCUGUCUUGCCACAAGAGAUAUGGCACUUGCAACUGCACGUCAAAUUUUACUGGGUCCAAAUGUACUGACGACGUUGAUGAAUGCACCAAAGGAACAUACAAUUGUCGACAAAACAGUAUCUGUGCUAACACAAUUGGAGGGUAUAUUUGCCCAUGCGAGAACAAUUAUGGGUAUUAUGAAUCAAGCGAUGGGACCUGUGUGCAACUAGACUGCAACCACGUGUUAACAAAUGCCUCAGAAUCGGUAAUAAGCCCUAAUCCAUCAUACAACUUCUUCCGUAAUGCAAACUGCUACUGGUCUAUUACUGUUGAAGCGGGGAAAGUUGUCUCUCUGAAAUUUGAUAGCUUUUACCUGUAUUCUGACUACAAAUGCGCGUUGUCUUACCUAGAAGCAUACGAUGGAAACAGUCCUGCAGGAAGAUUUAUUGGUCGUUAUUGUAUAUAUGGAAUUCCUAGUAUCAUCAGGACAAAGGGAAAUCAAAUGUAUCUUGUCUAUGUUAAUACCUAUAGCUACUCUUAUGCAAGUUUUUAUGGCAGCUACACAUCACAUGUUUGCCGUAGCUUCACCUAUGGCCUGACAUCAUGUGACACAAGCUGUAAAUGUGUGAAAGAAAACACCCAGUUCUGUGACAACACCAAUGGCGAGUGUAUCUGUAAGCCAGGCUGGACCAUGGGAGAUUGUUCUGCAGACGUCAAUGAAUGUCUGGCAACAAACAAAAAAGUCUGCCCAGAAAAUUCCUUCUGCAUAAACUCCCCUGGCAGUUACGCAUGCAGUUGUCUACCUGGGUUUGUGAUGAAUGCAACAACAGGAACUUGUGAUGUUAGUACAGAAUGCACAAUCUUAAAAUGUUCACAUGCUUGCACUGUUUUGGGAGUUGGUGAAGAACAGUGUUUAUGUCCAUAUGAUUUAGAACUCGACAAAGACACCCACUUAGACUGUAUUGUGCCUUACUACAUAUAUGGAGAAGCUGCAAAUGACAAAAAGCUUUCAGAAAACAUAUUGACUGAAUCGACUUACCUGGUCAGCACACCAAUCAAAUUUAUUUCUGGGGCUCCCUUUAACAACGCAACACAGCCUGAAGCUUAUGUGUUGUCUAAUGGUGUGUUUGGUUUUGGAUCCCAACCAAUCACACUAAGUGGCACCCCUAAUUUGAAGUUAGCCAGUCAGAAAGGACUUAACAUUAUAGCUGCCUACUGGGCUGACAUUGACCCUGAUAUUGGCAAUGUCUACUACCAUCUGUAUGAAAGAUGCGGCCAUGUUUUCUCUGAUACAAAUGACAUGGAGUCCCCAGCCCUGGUACAAGUAAUGAUGAGGGCCAGCAAGGAUGUACAGAAAUAUUUCUCACUCUCUGGUUUUGAAGUUAAUAAAGCUCUAGUUGUCACCUGGGAGAAUGUUCAACCAUUUGCACCAUCUAAAAAAUUUAAGGAGUUCAACACUAUUCAAGCCAUUUAUGUGAGUGGCUGGGAAACAGAGACUGUAAAUGGAAGGAUAACAAUACACAAAGAGGAGACAGCAUAUGUCAUCUUUAUUUACCAACAAGGACAAAUGUCAUGGAACUAUGUUCCAGAGAGACCAAUAGUGAUUGGGACAACAGGAAACAACAACCAAAAUUUUGUAGCUGAUUUGAAUUCACCACUUGUAGUCAAGCUCUCAACUCUUCCAGGAAACAAAGGUUAUACAGGAAUCACAGCUUUUGAGGUUGGUCAAGUGUCCAGUUAUGAUACAAAAUGCUACCAGUACAUCUGUAGCAACAGCUACCUGCUUGAUGAUCCUGUAUUCAGGUAUGAUAAACAGCAGUUGUACACAUGCCCAUGUACACUGGAGAGGUUGGGACGCCAAUGGCAGCUCUAUGAGAAACGUGGAGAGAAACAAGACAUUUACUGCUACUCCAUCAGCAAUGUUGCUAAACGAAGGAUGUUAAAAGGAAAUAAAAGAAAUAUGCUCUGCUGCUACCGCUGGACCAAACCAAACAAUGAUGACUGGAGAGACUGGCUACAAACCUGGAGAGAAGCCACCUAUCUCCCAGCAUCCUCUGAAUCAGGUCACCUACUUAUCAAGGACCCCUGGUCACUAGGCAACUAUGAUCUGUUUCAAGCACAGGAAAAUAUGCAGGCUCAUCAGUGGUGUUGUAAGGAUGCCAGCCAAGCAAAGUACUGUGACUGGUUUUUUAAGGUCUUCUCUGACAAAGGAUGCUCAAACGUUGUGGUGUUUGUUCCAGCAUCAGCCUUGGGUGAUCCUACAAUAACAACAUUAGAUGGUCUAAAUUAUGCCAUGAAUGGUUGGGGCGAGUAUUGUAUGAUGGAAAUUCCUAGUGAAAACUUUACCAUUCAGACAAGAACAGGAAGAGCAGUAACAGUAAAUGGAACUCUUUCAAGUGCCACUGUCUUUAUAGGAUUUGCUGUCAAGGAAUCAAAUCAAACUACAUUCCAGGUUCUGCUUUCAUCAUCUAAUACCACAAUGCUGCUUAUGUCACAUGGUGUGGACAUCACAAAUGAUUUUUAUAAAGAUUCAGACUCAGAGAUCAUUGUUGCAUCAGAUUCUAUUCAAAUCACAAGAGAAUACAAGAAUAACAGAACCAUUGCUGUUGUGAACUUUGCCAGUGGAGUGACAAUUCAUGUUCAUGUUGCUGUAAGAUGUCUUGAGAUUAUGUUUGAAGUUCCAAAAGAUCUUCAGGGUAAGACCAGAGGCCUGUUGGGAAAUUUCAAUGGUGACAAGACAGAUGAGUUCAUUACUCCUGAUGGCCAGGUGCUUUCUGCAAACUUGAGUGAAAGGGAGGUAUUUCAGCAGUUUUCUCAAAAAUGGGCAGUAAAUGCAAGCACAUCUAUUUUCUUGUAUGGACCAGGAGAAAAAGCUGAAGAUUUCCAGCACCCAGAGUUCACUCCCAUGUUUAAAGAUGAAGCUAAGCCUGAAGAUGUGGCCAAAGCUGUUGAAAUUUGUGGAGAUAAAAAUGAUGCUUGUAUUUUUGAUUUCCUGGCCACUGGUGACCAGGCAUUUGCAGAGAACACAAAAUCUUUUAGUGAACAGAUGGCUGUGACUAUCCAAAUUUUAGCAAAUAAUCCACCAAGCCUGACAGUAAAAAAUGAUAGUCUAAACUCCAAUGGCCGCUGGCUGGUUAAACAUGGGACUCAGUCUAACUUACAACUGAUUGCUGAAGAUGAGGACCAUGAUGCAAUAACAUUUGAAAUCCUAGGCAAUGUCACUGAUGUAACCAUUGAUAAUACAGGAUUAAUAACUUACACUCCUAAUGUUAACAGUCCUGUUCUUCUCCAAAUCAGAGCAAAGGACUCAAAGGGUGCUGUCUCUCCAUCUAUUUACAUCCCAAUAACUGUAUGUCCACUCUGUAGUGGACAUGGUGUCUGUGAUCCAAAUACUCCAAGACAACAGGAGUUUCUGAAUGGUCAAUUCCAAAUAUUAGUCUGUAAAUGCUUUCCUGCUUAUAAAGGCCAAGAAUGUGACUCUGAGCUUGAUGGCUGUGCAGUAGAGCCAUGUUCCAAGGGACAGAACUGUACAGAUCUCACUGCUGCCCAACAGGGAAACAAUUCUAUUGGAUAUGCUUGUGGCCCUUGCCCUAAUGGAUUUUUUGAUUGGAAAGGAAAGUGUGUUGAUAUUGAUGAAUGCAAUGUGAGCAGCCCAUGUAGCCAGGUGUGUUCCAACACUGAAGGCUCAUUUGUUUGCAGUUGUCAGUCUGGCUACAGGCUGGACACAGCUGAAAAGAAAACUUGUUUAGAAAUUAAUGAGUGUGAGGAGAGAACAUCAAAAUGUCAACAAAAAUGCACCAAUACAAAGGGAAACUACUCCUGUUCAUGUCAGAAUGGGUACACACUUGAUGAUAAUGGAUAUUCAUGCACAAUAGACAGUAGCCAAAGAGAGCAAUGCUACCAAUGUCAACAGGUUUGUAGUGUGACAAAUAACCAAGUGAACUGCAGCUGUAGACUUGGAUAUGAGGUUGAUCCAACUGACAACACAAACUGUAUAGAUAUAAAUGAGUGUGAGUAUGGCAACAAGCCAUGCAGUCAAAGCUGCAUCAACCAGCUGGGGACAUACCAAUGUUCAUGUUACACUGGCUUCAAACUUGGGCCUGAUGGAGUCUCUUGUGCAGCCUGUGAAAAACCUUACUAUGGUGAAAACUGUGAGAACAUCUGCCAGUGCAGCAGUCACGGGUCAUGUGACACAGUUAGAGGGUGUGUGUGUGACAAGAGCUGGACAGGGGACAACUGUGAGCUGGACGUUGAUGAAUGUGCCCAGCCCAACUCAUGUCCUGAAGGUUUUGUCUGUAAGAACAAGAUUGGGUCAUUCUCCUGUGUGUGUCCAGAUGGAUAUAAACUGGACAAUGGAGUUUGCUUGGAUAUUAAUGAGUGCACAGAUAUUUAUUCCAACACAACCUGUGACAGACUUGUAGAAGUUUGUAUCAACACAGUGGGGAGCUACAGCUGCUCGUGCAAGAAAGGAUAUGCCAGAAAUGCUCAGUCUGUUUGUGAAGAUAUCAACGAGUGUGAAAAGAAAGUAGACAAAUGUGAACAGAUAUGUGACAACAAACCUGGCUCCUACAACUGUUUGUGUCAACAAGGUUUUUAUCUCUCUGAUGACAGGUGGUCCUGUGUCAAAGUGAAAGACACUUGUGUUGGUCAAACUCUCAACUGCAGCUAUGGGUGUGGUAUUGAUGCUGAUAAUAUGCCCUCUUGCUACUGUGCAAGAGGUUUUAAAUUGAAAGGCACAGAACUUUGUGAAGAUAUCAAUGAAUGCCUGUCAGACAGUGACAACAAAUGUGCUAACAAAACAAGCUGUGUCAACACUGAUGGCAGCUACACAUGUUCAUGUGAAGCAGGGACAAAGCUGGACAAUGAUGGCCGCUCUUGUAUUGGUUGUAGUGGCGAAACAUGGGGCAUACAGUGUAACAAGUCAUGUAGCUGUGGGUCAGGGGCAGAUUACUGUGAUCUAAAAACUGGUUGUGUUUGCAAGUCAGGAUACACUGGAAAAUUGUGUAAUAUUGACAUUGAUGAAUGUACAACUGAAGCACAGAAAUGUGGCACCAAUGAGAAAUGUGUCAAUCUACCUGGAUCUGCUACCUGCCAAUGCCAAACUGGUUAUGUAAGAGAAAAUGGAGCCUGUGCAGAUUUUAAUGAAUGCUCCAGUCCAACAACCAACAACUGCCUUCAGUUGUGCAACAAUUUUGUUGGAGGUUACAGCUGUGCUUGUUUCCAUGGCUAUUUCUACAACUCAACAACUAACGUUUGUUCAGAUAUAAAUGAGUGCCAACAAGACAAUACCAGAUGUGAACAGUUGUGUAUCAACACAGAAGGAAGCUACAGGUGUUCUUGUACAUCAGGGCUGUUGCUUCAACCUGAUGGUCUUACUUGUAGAGCCACAAUACCAUGCACCACCAAAACCACAUGUAGCUACCAGUGUGCUACCAUCAAUGAUACAGAGACUUGCUUGUGUUCUAAAGGAACAACUUUAGCAGCUGAUGGUCUCAAUUGUGAUGAUCUGGAUCUGUGUGCUAGAGCCACCUGCAAACAUGGCUGUGUAGAAACUCAACAAAACACAAGUACAGAGUGUGUGUGUCCAAUAGGACAAACACUGAGUAAUGAUGGCAUCACAUGUGAUGACUGUAUUGAGGGUAGCUGGGGCGCUGGAUGUAACAACACAUGCAGCUGUAAGAUGCUGAACACAGACCACUGUGACAAGGUCACUGGUUCAUGUCAGUGUAAGAUUGGAUGGGGUGGAGCCACGUGUGAAGAUGUCGUCAUAGACUGUAGAGUGAACAAAUGUUCAUUGAAUUAUAAGUGUAUGAGUACAAGCAGUGGAUAUAUCUGUGUCUGUGAUGAUGGUUUUUCUACAACUGGUAAUACAUGCACAGCUUGUGAGGAAGGCUACUGGGGUACUGAGUGUAACAACACAUGCAGCUGUUCUGUGUUGGGGACAUCAACAUGUGAUAAAGUCUCUGGUACAUGCCAGUGUAAAAGUGGAUGGAGUGGAACUAAUUGUGACAAAGAUGUUGAUGAAUGCCUCCAGAACACAAAUAUAUGUCCGUCCCAUUCUCAUUGUAGCAACAUUGAUGGCGGAUUUGUAUGUGCUUGUGAUGAUGGCUAUUUCAACUCAAGCAACACAUGUGAAGCUUGUGUAGAGGGCAGCUGGGGCACUGAGUGUAACAAGACCUGCAGCUGUUCUGUAUUGGGGACAUCAACAUGUGAUAAAGUCUCUGGUACAUGCCAGUGUAAAAGUGGAUGGAGUGGAACUAAUUGUGACAAAGAUGUUGAUGAAUGUAUCCAGAACACAAACAACUGUCCAGCCCAUUCUCAUUGUAACAACACUGAAGGAAGCUUUGUCUGUGUCUGUGAUGAAUUUUAUUUUUAUACAAACAAUAAAUGUGAAGCUUGUGAGGAGAAUUACUAUGGUCCCAACUGCACAUUGCACUGUGUAUGUAAUACAAGCAACCAUGAGUUUUGUACUAAACAGGGUAAUGAGUAUGUUUGUUCAUGUGACAAAGGCUUUGAAAAGAAAUGUAACUCUUGUGACUGUGAAGAUAUUGAUGAGUGUGCUCUCACAACACCAGUCUGUGAACAGAUAUGUACCAACACUAUUGGCAGUGUCAAUUGCUCAUGUAAAGAUGGCUUUGCCGUUAGCCCUACAAAUUCAUCAAAGUGCCAUGAAACAUCAAAACAUAACAUGACAAUCACAUUCAACUUGGAUGUUUCCAAACUAAACCUAGAAGACAAAAACAGUGAUGACUACAAGAAAACAAAAGAUGAAGUUGAAUCCCAAAUGUACAAGAAAUUGAAAGCUACAGGAGUGGCUGUAACUAACGUUUCUGUUCAAGGCCUCAAGAAAGGUAGUCUUAUAGCAGACAUUCUUGUGCUGAUUGAUAGCAUUAUAGAGAGCAGCCCAGACAAAUCACUGACUUCUGCUUUACAAGUGAUCAUGACUCAAGGAGUUACUAUAAAUAAUGUCCUCUCAACAGUUAUUAAUCUGUAUGUUGGUGACCAAGCAGUCUAUGCUUCAACUUGUGAAGUGAGACAAAAGACCAACCCAUGUAGAAAUAAUGAGGCUUGUAUUGUGGAAAAUGGUGCAACAGUCUGCAGGUUAAUAGCUGACGAUGACAGGGAUCUUACACUUGGUCUUGGUAUAGGAUUGCCUCUGGCUGUAUUAGCCUGUGUUGUCACUGGAGUGGUAGUCUAUUUUUGCAAGAAAACUUCUUCAAAACACAAAAUUUUUCCAUAAAUAACAUAUUCUGUUGAUCUUACUCUUUUAAAAAAUAAAUAUAAGUAGCCUACAAUAAAUCUAUAUCUAAAUUGUAGUAUUUGCUAUUAUCACUUUAUAAUGUAACUUUGUUAUAGUUCUUUACAUUUUAACAUUAUUAAAGUUCAUUUUGCAAAUUAUUUGUUAAGAAUUAAACAUAACCCAAAAAAUAAAGCAACAAAUUACAGUUUAUUUUACAUUUUAUAAUAUUCUGCUGUGUAUUUUAUUUCUAUAUUUAACAAAAAUUAUUUCAUAUUUAUUACCAAAGUAAAGUAUAAUAACGUUAAAAUGGUUCAAAUAUAGCCAUACAAAUGUUUAGUGAAAGUGUUUUAAAAAUAUAUUAGACUCCAUCUAAAAAAAAUUACGUUUUUACAAGUCUGAGAUAUUGGCUCUUACACACUAGCUGGCAACAUUUGUGCAUUUUUUAAAACUAAAAGUGAAAUUUUAUUUUGAUAUUGUUGAUCUUAUUUUUAUAAGUUGUAAACAAUGAAUUAAAAUUAUAAUUUUUAUAAGAGAAAAUGGUAGUAAUUAAUGUAUUGAUUUUUGAAUGCUGUGAUAUGUAAAUAAAAUUAUUUAAGCACUGCAGUUUUUUUUUUUAAAUCAUUUUAUCAUUAAUAAUCAGAAUGCUUUACACUUAAGUUAUGACACUAACAAAAAUUGUCACAGAUUUUGCAGGUUGUCGAUCAAAUAUGAAAAUUAAUUUUAAACUUAAGUUUCGAAAACAAUAUUAUAGCUAUAUAAUUAUGUCAAAACUGGAAAGUCUACAUUUUUUAAUCUACUACUUACUGAUUAUGUAUUAAAAUGAUAAUUUAAUAUAAGACUACACUUUUUAGCCGUUAUUUUACCUCCCACAAUCCUUAUAUCUCAGAGACUUAUAUCCCCACCCAAAAAUAUGACACUGACCAAAUUAUUUAAGCCAAGACCAUCGAAUUUAAGAAGAAAAAAAAUUAUCACUUGUUUUCCUUUGAGUUAUUUUAAUAUGUCUUCUCAAUCAAUUUCCAUUUUAAUCAUGUAUUCUUUUUUUAAAGUGAAUGGAAAUAAUACA